AUGUUUCUAAAUUUAUUAUUGACUCUAGGAGUUGCUGAUUCGAUUUUUAGCAAAGGAUAUAAAUAGAUGAGUGGAUAAAUUAAUAUAGAAACUGAUAUCUUCGACAGAAUUAAUUUGACAGUUGAUUAGAGAUUGAUAAUUACUCUUAGUAAUUAUUAUUCUCAUAAGUUGCCUUUAUUUUUGAUCUGUAGAAAAUCUCCUUCAUUUUCUAAAAUUCCUGAUUACUUUGCUAUUAAGAAGUAAGUGAUAUAUAAUAUAUUUUUACUAGCAACCAAUGUGUUACAGAUUUAAAUUCUUAUGAUUUUCAGAAAUCCUCUUAAACUAUUGUAAUCGAAUUUUAACCUUAAGAUAACAAUUAUUUGAAUAUUAUACACUUGACUAAAUCUGCAAAAGCUAACAUUCUAGUUUACUUAGAGUAAAAAAGCGAUUUUGUUAUAAAUUUUGACAUAUAAGACAAAAAUGUAUGCUAUGUGUAAAUAAUCAUAAUAUGUAGAAUAUGCUAAAAUCAAGGAAUAUGUAAAGAUGGAUAGUGUAUGUGUCCAGAAGGAUUUAUUGGUAAUGAUUGUAGCCUAAAAGUCUCAGAUUUAUCUGCAUAAUAGGAAUUGGAUCCAUUUACAAUUUAUUAUUUAAACAUAAGAGAAUAAAAUGUAAUAUUAUUAUUUAUAAAUUAAGUCAUUACGAUUUGAUUUUACUGAAAGAUGUAGUUUUACAUUUCAUUGUAUUGGUGAGAAUCCCUUUUAUUCAAGAGGUGAAUUAGAAUUCUAAUCUUAUAUUGAAAUAUUAUAAGAAGACUCUCAAAAAUGUCUAGAAUAAAUAAAUUCAUAUAAUCUAUAGUUUUCUUUACAUACAUAACCAUUAUACCUAUUUACUUCUAACAAUCAAAUUCAAAUUGCAUCUGACUCUUCAGAAAGCUCAAAUAAAAAUACUAUUGUUUAUAUUGUAACUUCAAUUGGAUUAUCAUUACUUUUAAUUAUUAUAUUUGCUUGCUUUAAAUGCAAAAAGAGUACUCCCUAAAUUAAUAGUCUUUUUGGAGUAUCAUCUUCUAUGUCUCAAAAAAUAGCACUUAUAAGAUAAAUGAAUAAAUUUAUGCCAAUUUAAACAUAUUAAGAAUUAAUUAAAAAAUUCCCAGGUUUAAGUGAUGAUUAAAGUUGCCCUAUAUGUUUAGAAAAUUAUAAAGAAGACCAUAAAAUUAGGGUAUCUUAUUGUACACACUUUUUUCAUUCAGAAUGUUUAGAUCUUUGGAUUGAAAAAAACGAAGUAUAAAAUUAUCAAAUAUUUCAUAGAUUUGUCCUACUUGUAGAUCUUCUUUAAAUUAUGAAACCCUUAAUAAAUUAACCAAUACUGAAAAUAAUGAUGAAGGAUUAUUCUAAAAUGCAUCUUCAACAAAAUAAAUUAGCAAUUAUUCUUCGCAAAAAAAAAUUAGAUUAUAUGGAGAAAACAAAUCAGCCAAUUCACCAGUAAUUACACUAUGA